GCCUCCAUGUCUGAAACGCUACACAGAGGACAUAAAGCUCCACACAAACCAGAUUGAAAAAGACAGUGAGGUCUGUAGGAAGUAUUUGUGAAUAAAGGAUGCAGAGUACAUUAUUUUUGCCCCUGUUGUACAGCUCAGAACAAAUGGAUAUGGCUUGCUUUAGCGGUGAAGAGAUGUCAGAGGUCCCAGUUGAAAACAAGAGAAACAAACAAAAUAACUGGAGAUCAAGGAUAAGCUACUUCUUGCAAAAAUCCUCCUCUAAGGAAGCCCAUUCCUCAAGACGUAAAGCCUACAGACCUACAGUUGAAGAAGUAAACCAAUGGAGUCAGUCUCUUGAAAAACUUCUGUCACAUAAAUAUGGACAGGCUGCAUUCCGGAUAUUCCUGAAAUCAGAGUUCUGUGAAGAGAAUAUCGAGUUCUGGCUUGCCUGUGAAGAUUUUAGAAAGAUCAAGUCACCAGCGAAGCGAGCCUCUAGGGCAAAUACAAUUUAUAACAAAUUCAUCAAGAGUGAGGCCCCAAAAGAGAUCAAUUUGGAUUUUCAUACAAAAGAUACCAUCAUCCAGAAUCUUCAGGUGCCAAUGACCUCUUGCUUUAAUGCUGCACAGAAAAGAGUCUACAACCUAAUGGAGAAUAAUUCAUACCCACGAUUUUUACAGUCAGAAAUCUACAAAGAACUGUGGGCAAUAUCUCAAGGGAAAGGGAAAUACCUGAAAUCAUGAACCACACCAGGGGCUUGCAUAGUUUGAAAGCCUAAGGAGCCAUAGCCUAUGGCUAUGGAGUUUGCAUAGCCAGAUUGCAGAAAAUACUGUACUGAAAACAGUAUCCACAUCACCACAGAACUCUAUGUUUUUAAAAGAUCCCUUGUGAGUCCAAGGAGAAAGUUCAGUGUGAUAUGAGCUGUUUUUAAAACAAAGGUAAUAGGUGACCAUAGAGGAUGACUAUAAAAUUUCAGCCAUAAAAAGCUUUAGGUAAAGAUGCAUGUAAAACAAACUUAAUAACAAUUUAUGUAUUUAUGUAUAUACUUUCAAUUUCAAGUUAUUUUGUAAAUUAAGUAAUUCUUCCAUGAGCAGUACAGUAACUAGAAAAAAUUAUAACCAAAAAAAGAAUAUAUGUUUACACUAAAGUGCCUGAAACUGUAUGAAAAGUCAAACAUAUUAAGUUAAUUUGUGGAAUGGUAUAUGAGCAAGUUACAUUUUCUAGUACUUUUUCUGCUGGUCCACAUGGAACCCAAUUCAUACCGCUAAAGACAGGUAAUCACUUGAUUCCAAGCAUUCCUUGACUUGUAAUAAGUCAUGGCCAAAAAUAGCUACAUACUGUACAUCCCAUCACAAUGAACAGUUUACAUACUGUAUAAUUACUGACACAACAUUUGUUUUCCAAAUACGGAUUGAUCUUAAGAAAGAGCCCGUAAACAGAGUCCGUAAACAGUGUUUAAAGGGUAACUCUACACUUUUCAGAAAUUAUAAUUUUAAUAAGAGUUUUAUUUCGUUCAUUUACAUGAAUGAUUUAAUUCUUUAUCUAAGACAUGGCUUACAUUUUAGUAUUAUACUGUAAUUUGAAGCAUUUAAAAAUUCAUUUCAGGAACAACAACUUCCUGUUUCUUUGAAUAACAGAAUUUAAAUGGAAAAUGAAUAAAGAGUGUGUUUCCUGAACCUCAGGCAAAUAAGUCAAGAAUGUGAAUGUACUGAAUUAUAUAUAUAUAUAUUCUUUAUUAUAUUUUUAUUUUUAUUUUGUAUCUUUUAUUUUCUUUAGAAUUUUACAAAAUCACAAUUGAGGUUGAUUCUCAAGAGCUCAUACUUAUUGAAUCCCCAAGUAAAUGUUAAAAACACAGGAAUAUGUAACUGUAGGCUGCUAUGUUUUUACAUUAACAAUUACAUUUGAUGAUUGGAUAUAUGACUUUCUGAACAUACAGUAAACAAUAUUUUAGACUCAAACUGAAACAGCAGCUGGACUGCAAGUUAGUUAUAUUAACUUAUUUUUAUACUGUUGUAACAAUUUACCUGGUCUGUAUAUUUUGUCUUCUAAAUACAUUUUCUUCAUAAUCUUGUA